AUGUCUAAAAGUAUAGCAAAAUCAACACUCUCUGCUCCUGUGGUUCAGAGCAGGCUCGAACACCACCACAAUCAACAGCUCCGCAUUAAACCUAUCAGCCACAAACGCUCAAAUUCGAAAUCAACACCGAAAUCCAAACGCCACUCCCACCCCAAGGAGCUCUCACUAUCAACAGCUUCGACACCUAUUGUUAUUCCUCGCAUCGGUCGUGGUGAUGAUAUUGACAUUGAUAGAGAUUCAAGCAUCGAACAAAACCGUUACCGUUUGGUAGAGAAUACCCAAAGCAACGAUGAGGCAAGAACAGGGAAGCAGUCCAAUUUACAGCGCAAAUCAAGCAACAACAGACGAAGGUAUCAAUCUGAUUCAAAUGACGAAAAACCGAUAACUAUCCUCAAGCGUUCUCAGUCCAUUACCGACCUCACCAAACCUUCCCAUCCAAUCCGUUCCUAUCCCGACGAGGAUGCUGUCGAGCGCCAAACUAAAUUGGAGAAGCCGUCCACGCCCCCUCCAUAUUCGUCCCGUCUUCAGUCAAAAGAACGUCGUCGCUCGGAUAUUCAACCAGCUAAAACGAAGCGCUCUCAACAUCGCAAAGACAUCAAGUCCGCCAACGAUGUCUUUAGUCUUCUCGUCAACACUAUGCCUCAAUCGCAAGACAAAGAUACAUUCACUACCAAUGUAAAUAGUACUAUUACUACUAAUCUCCCGCCAUUCAACCAAAAUACACGAAUGUCAGGAACUCCGGUAAAAGACACCGAUUCUUAUGUCUUUCCUCCGUCAACUCACAAUGGUCGCCGUAGAAUGUCCAGCACUGCAAUAGAGAUUAAGCAACAUGUGCAACAAUUCUCCGAUUCAAAAUCGUCUUCAGAUCUAAAAUCAGUCAGACAUAAUCGUCCAGCGAGCACUCCGGCCAAGCAGCAAUUGUAUGCGGGACCUGAUUUCCAUAAUGCUCCUGCACCUAGCCAAUUGCCGAUCCCAUCAUUUGUAAGCAAGUCUCUCGGAAAAGAAAGGUCACUUUUGGAGGACAACUUGUUUGGUGUUGGUAAUGUUGGAGCCAGCAACGAUGCCAGCACCGCCAACUCUUCCCCAUCAAUGUUUACAACACCUCCGCUCACUCCUCCGACUCCAUCCUUUGUUCUCGAUCGCGCUUACGAUGAUGACCUUUUCAUUAUGGAUGAUGUCCAUGUAGUUAACAAUACAUACGAUGAUGCUUACAUCAGACAGCAACAGUCCAUCCAACUUAAAAUGAUGCUCGCUAGUUCCAAAGAAAAACAAAGCAUCGCUCAUAACGCUCCCGCUACCUACCAACAGUCCGCUACCAUGGGGGCUUACAACGUACCUCAGAAAAUGGCCACUGCUCGUCCACUGCACGUCUACGACGAUACUCAAGGAAUGUCAUUGACAGAGAUUUCCGAAAGUCUGAGAAAUUUGUUGAAGAUUUCCGGACAUUAG